AGCUCACCGGCCUAGCAAGACAACAUCAGUACCUCUGUCUGCAAAGUAUUAUACAAGCUGCAAUGCAUCACAAAGUUGUGAAAGAUAUAUUUUUAGUUGUUUUGCUGCUCAUAAGUAGUUGCAUACUCUCCCCAUGCCGUGCAGAGGACUUCUAUGUGACUCCUACCCUGCCUGCAGCUGAGCCCUGCCCCCCUCCGUGCUACACUCUGGAUCAGUAUGCUCAGAAUUCCUCUCUGUUUUCAAACCAAACCAAUAUUACCCUGAUAUUUCUUGGAGGAGUUCACAACAUGAAUUAUGGCCUGACACUAGAGGGAGACGAACUUAUUUUGCAACCACAUACUUAUAAUGAGAGCCUCUCACCAAAUGGAACUGUUAUUUACAACGUUGAUACUUAUGGAAUCAUACUUAUUGGACAGUUUAUUGUGUUGGAGAAGCUAACAUUUGUACGAGUUGGAGUGCUUGUUAUGGAUGAAAUCUAUUUACUACGAAGCAUCACUCUCAACAGGUGCGUUUUGUACAGUGGCAAUGUAGUUGUUAGAACAAGUCCUAAUAAUACAUGUAUCAGUGUUAAUAUCACAAUAUCCGACUCCAUUUUUCAUGGAAACUCAGACUAUGAUCCUGAUUCAGAUUUCCAAGAUUUUGGUCUCAUUAUAUACAUAAAUCAUGAUGGUGAGCACACAUUAGCUCUAUACAAUAGCUCAAUCACACAAUACCCUUCUGGCGGAUUGUAUACAUUUGGAAUUACCUCCAUUGCCAUUACUGAUACUUUGAUUUCUCAAAGUCCUCAAGGAAUUACAAUUUAUUAUAAUGAUGAAGUAAUAAUUGAAAACACUACUGUCUCCUACUCCGAACAUUAUGGAUUACUUAUAUUUGGGGUAUCAAAUGUGACAAUUAUCAACUCAGCUUUCAUGUACAAUGAGAUUGGCAUCAGUUUAUUUAGCUCUACCGUGACAAUUUGGAGCUCGCUAAUCAGUAGCAAUGGCGUUGGAUUUGUCAGUGUCAAUUUCCUGGAAACAGCAUUGAGUAGAAACUCCGCUAUUGAAAUGGAUGGUUGUCACAUAACUCAAAACAGUGUGGCAGGAGUGUCUUUGUACUUCCAAGAAAUGGUAGUGUUUCGUGACUGUACGUUCGAUUACAACAAUGGAACAUCAAUCUUGGCAUACCAGAGCAAAUUUAAAUUGUCCAGAAAUACUGUCUUCUCAAACAACAAAGCUGAAAGAGGAUGUGGUAUGGCUUUGUACCAGUCAACAGUGAAGUUUAAUCAAGGAUCAAACACAUUGUUUGAGAACAACACAGCUACAGAAUAUGGUGGAGGCAUAUAUGUUGCAGCAAUUUCACUUCCUCUACCUCAAAUUCUCGUUACACUAGAAUUGGCGAUUUCAGGAUUUGAAGUAGUAAUAAACAGCAGGUCAUGCUUCUAUUCAACAGAUCUGUUGACAAACAACAUUAAUGUUACUUUCUCCAAUAACAUCGCAUACCUUGGGGGAACAAGUAUUUUUGGAUUGUCCAGGUCAUCAUACACUUCAACAUGUCCGGUUGUUGAAGUAAACCGGGAAAAAACUAUUUUUGAAUUUGACAAUUCCUCGUCGCUUGAUUUUCAGCUAACAUCUGAUCCAACUCGUGUUUGCUUUUGUUUUGACAACAAGCCACAGUGCAACGAUCGAAGCUUCCUUGUGUUAAACGAAACAAGAUAUCCUGGGGAAAUUUUUAAGGUUCCAGUUGUUCUAGUCGGAUUCAACUACGGAAGAGUUGUGGGCACUGUAUUUGCUAAUGUGCUUGACAGUGCUGGCACACUUGACAAAGCUCAGCGCUCACAAUUCGUUGAUAACACACAAUGCAGUAACUUAACCUAUACAGUUUCGUCUAGUGAGACAAACAGAACAGCUACAGUCGCUCUUAUGGUAAAUGAACCAGUCAUUGAUAGCCUUCAAAAGGAAGACAUGGAAUUGAGCAUAAGGAAUGCCUACUCGCUAGUAUGUGAUCCUGAGAAAAGAUUUGUAAGUAACUUAUUUUAUCCCUGUUUGGCACUCCUCACGACGCUCGUCUAUGUUAACAUCAAACUGGAAUCGUGUCCAUUGGGAUUUGAGCUCAUUGCAAAUAAGGAUUGUAAUUGUGAUGAAAACCUUGUUAACUUUAGAGAUUAUAAUAAUCUGACUUGUGAAAUUUUCGACCGAACAGGAUACAUUAUCAGAGAAGGAACAUUGUGGGUUGGAGUGGACACAAGGCAAAACAACACUGAUGUCUACUACUGGCACAGAUACUGCCCACGUGACUACUGCAAUACCUCAACAACAUCCAUCGACCUGAAAUCCCCUGACACCCAGUGCAGCAUGAAUCGAGUUGGAGUUUUGUGUGGGAGUUGUCAAGCUAACUACAGUCUACAGUUGGGUGGGAACAAGUGCGAACAAUGUGUUGACAGUUUUCUUGCUCUAUUGAUUGUUUUUAUGAUUCUCGGAAUUCUCUUGGUAGCUUUCAUAAAGUUUUUGGACAUCACAGUGAGCACAGGUACAAUCAACGGACUUAUAUUUUAUGCCAAUGUUAUAUGGAUGAACAAUCCCAUACUGUUUCCACAUCAAAAUAGGCAAACUGUUGCAUAUUACAUUCUUACUGUUCCAAUCGCUUGGAUGAAUUUGGACUUUGGUAUUGAGUCUUGCUUCAGCCAAAAUUUGAAUCAACUUACAAAGAGUGGCUUACAAUUUGUAUUUCCUGUCUACAUCUGGAGUAUUGCUGCUAUCAUCAUCCUAGUUUCUCACUAUUCAACCAGAGCCACUAAGCUCUUUGGAAACAAUUCUGUUGCAGUGCUAGCUACUUUAUUCCUGCUCUCUUAUGGUAAAGUGUUUAGGGCUAUCACGGAUGUUUUUAUCAGCGCUGAUGUGGCGGACUCAAACGGUACAUUUCGCAAAGUUUGGUCCCUCGAUGGUAAUGUACAGUAUGGAGUGACACCAGGACAUAUUGUAUUGAUAAUAUUGGCAAUUGCUUUCCUACUCUUGUUUUUGAUUCCCUUCACGCUGAUGCUCCUGCUAGUACCAUUUCUCAAGGGUAAAUCUAACCUUUGGCCUCUUCGUUGGAUCAAUACACUGACUCCGUUCUUUGAUACUUUCUACGGCCCUUUCAAAUUGAAGAAGCAGCAUCAGGUAUGGACUGGGAUUCUGCUCAUCUCACGCGUAGUGAUAUUGAUUGUGUUCGCAUCAACCUCGACAUUCAACCCUUUGGCAAACAUACUACUCAUGACUCUGAUAUCAGUGUUCCUUCUAAUCUACAGUGCACUGACUGGCUUGCUAUAUAAAGUAUGGCUCUUGUCAUUCAUAGAAAACAUUUACAUAGGAAACUUGGUUAUGCUUGGAGGAUCAUUUUUGUUCGAUCGAGCUCAACAAGGGGAACAUUUGAGCCCUGCAAUCGCUAUCUCUGUAUCAAUUGCUCUCUUCCAAUUUAUUUGCAUUCUGCUCUUCCACACUUGCAAGCGAGUCAUACCCAAGAAAAUGAUGGACUACUUGUUAAAGAAAAGAAAACUGCAAGUGUCAGAAUUGAUGGAAGAAAAUAUCGUAGACAGUCAGAAUGAUACGACUGUGACAACACAAGUUGUGGAAUUGAACGAUGCGUUCAACACCACUUUGAGAGAACCACUCCUAAAUUAAUGUAAUACCUUUUAGAAUAUGUACUGUUUAGAUUAAUAAUAAUUACUAGACAUUUUCUAUACAUCAAUGUUUUCUGUUAGUUAAGUAGUCAGUUCUUGUGCUAAUAAUUAUAUUAGUAAAACCAGUAGGUUUUACAUAGGAUUGGCAGUGGGUUUGCCCGUGUUUAGCAAUAUUUCAAUUAUUUUGACUCAUGUUCAAACUGUUCUAUCUCUGCAGGGAAAGGCCACAUCAAGAAACUGGCUGAACAGAUAGUUUAUUUAGCCUUUUCUCUCUUUGUAUCUCUCAUUUCAUAAUCCAUAAACAUUUUAAUGAAUGAAUAUUUUCAUUUUAAAAA